AUGAUAGAAGAGGAGGUGGAGGCGGAGGCGAAGGCGGAAACGGGAGAAGGGAAGAGGGAAAAGCGAGAGGCAAAGGAACCUUUUUUCGACAUUCGGGUGGUGCUUCCUUCUGUACUUUGCCUGAUCAUUCAUUUUCUUUGUAUAUUGUCAUGGGGUUUUGGCAGUUUUGGAUCUAAUUUGAAAUUUGGUUAUGUGGAAGCUAUGAAAGAGCCUGAAAUAGAGAUUGGAUUACCAACAGAUGUUAAGCAUGUGGCACACAUUGGGUGGGAUGGCUCCACCAAUAGUGCGCCUAGUUGGGUACGUGUUAUUGAACCACCUCAUCUUGAAGAGUAA